AUGCCAUCUCAUUUUGAUACACUUCAAUUGCACGCUGGACAACCAGUUGAGAAACCCCACAAACCAAGAGCGCCCCCAAUUUAUGCUACUACAUCAUAUGUUUUUGAUGAUUCCAAGCAUGGAGCUCAAUUGUUUGGUUUAGAAACCCCUGGUUAUAUUUACUCGCGUAUUAUGAAUCCAACUAACGAUGUAUUUGAACAAAGAAUGGCUGCUCUAGAACACGGUAUUGGUGCAGUGGCCACAUCGUCCGGACAAUCUGCACAAUUCUUAGCAAUUGCAGGUCUUGCUCAUGUGGGAGAUAAUUUCAUCUCUACAUCUUUCUUAUAUGGUGGUACUUACAAUCAAUUCAAAGUUGCUUUUAAGAGAUUAGGAAUCGAAACCAAAUUCGUUAAUGGGGAUAAGGUUGAAGACUUCGCUAAGCUUAUUGAUGAUAAGACUAAAGCAAUCUACAUCGAAACCAUUGGAAAUCCAAAGUACAAUGUUCCAGAUUUUGAAGCAAUCUCUAAGUUAGCCCAUGAUCAUGGUAUACCAGUUGUUGUGGACAAUACCUUUGGUGCUGGAGGUUAUUUGAUUAAUCCAAUUGAUCACGGUGCUGAUAUUGUCGUUCACUCGGCUACCAAAUGGAUUGGAGGUCACGGUACUACUAUUGCUGGUGUCAUCGUCGAUUCUGGUAAUUUCCCAUGGGAAAAAUACCCAGAAAGAUUCCCACAAUUCUCUAAACCAUCUGAGGGUUACCAUGGUUUAGUCUUAAAUGACGCUUUAGGCAAAGCUGCUUUUAUUGGACAUGUUAGAAUUGAAUUAUUGAGAGAUUUGGGUCCAGCGUUGAACCCAUUUGGUUCAUUCUUAUUAUUACAAGGUUUAGAAACUUUGUCAUUACGUGUUGAAAGACAAUCAUACAACGCUUUGAAAUUAGCUCAAUUUCUUGAAAAAUCUCCUUAUGUUGAAUGGGUCUCCUACCUUGGUUUACCAUCCCACGAAUACCAUGAAAGAAGUAAGAAAUACUUAAAUAACAAAGAAAACUAUGGUGGUGUUUUAUCAUUUGGUGUUAAGGAUUUGGGUGAAAAUAAGGAAGAUCCAUUCCAAGAGGCAAGUCCAAGAUUUGUUGAUAACUUAAAGGUUGCUUCCAACUUGGCUAAUGUCGGUGAUUCCAAGACUUUAAUCAUUGCACCAUAUUACACUACUCAUCAACAAUUAAGUGACGAAGAAAAGGCUGCUUCUGGUGUCUCAAAGGACUUGAUUAGAGUUUCUGUAGGUACAGAAUUUAUUGAUGAUAUUAUUGGUGAUUUCGAACAAGCCUUCAAAACAGUUUAUGAGUCUUCUUAA